CGGGCACAGCCCCAGGUCGUGGGCCCGGGUGGAGGCCUGGGGCGCCGUUCUCCCUCUCGACGCCGGGCACCGAGUGGGCGCGGCCACCGUGACCUUGCCGAAUUACUGCUAUGGCAACUCAAGUGCUGGGACAGUCUGGUGGGAACAGCCUCUUUCCUGGCAGUGCUAAUAUUGGUAUGGCAUUGUCCAAUGACAUGUAUGACUUACACGACCUUUCUAAAGCUGAGCUGGCAGCUCCUCAGCUUAUUAUGUUGGCAAAUGUGGCCUUGACAGGAGAAGUCAAUGGCAACUGCUGUGAUUACCUGGUUGGAGAGGAGAGGCAAAUGGCUGAACUGACAACAGUGGGAGACAGCAACUUCUCAGACAGUGAUGGAGAGGGUAUGGAAGACACCCAAGCUGCUGACAGUGACCAUGAGGCACCUGAAAAUGCAGAAUUAAGUUCUAUUGAAGCUCCUAGUGUGGAAACUCAAGAUGCAACUGCUUGCCCCCCUCUUAAGACUCCCAGUGUAGACAAAGAUGCAUCAUUGGAAGCACCAGGUACUCCAGAAAGCACAGAGGACAAAUGUAAGAGCUUAAAGAGCAAGCCGUUUCGUUGCAAGCCUUGCCAGUAUGAGGCAGAGUCUGAAGAGGAGUUUGUGCAUCAUAUCAGGGUUCACAGUGCUAAGAAAUUCUUUGUGGAAGAAAAUGCAGAAAAGCAAGCCCAAGUGAAGGAUUCUGAUUCCUGCACUGCGGAAGAGGUGGAUUUCUCUAAGGGCCCAAUUCGUUGUGAUCGUUGUGGCUAUAACACUAACAGAUAUGAUCACUAUCUGGCUCACUUGAAGCACCACAACAAAGCAGGGGAAAAUGAGAGAGUCUACAAGUGUACCAUAUGCACUUACACUACUGUCAGUGAAUAUCACUGGAAGAAACACCUAAGAAAUCAUUUUCCCAGAAAAGUGUAUACCUGCUCACAAUGCUCCUAUUUUUCAGACAGGAAGAACAAUUAUAUUCAACAUAUUCGAACUCACACAGGAGAGCGACCCUAUCAAUGUGCUAUGUGUCCUUAUUCCAGCUCCCAGAAGACCCAUUUGACCAGACACAUGCGCACCCACUCAGGUGAGAAGCCAUUCAAAUGUGAUCAGUGCAGCUACGUGGCCUCAAACCAGCAUGAAGUAACUCGUCACGCAAGGCAGGUUCACAAUGGGCCAAAGCCUCUGACUUGCCCACACUGUGACUACAAAACAGCUGACCGCAGCAAUUUCAAAAAGCACGUUGAGCUCCACGUCAACCCGCGGCAGUUCCUCUGUCCUGUCUGUGACUACGCAGCAUCCAAGAAAUGUAACCUGCAGUAUCACAUCAAAUCCAGGCAUCCCGAUUGUUCUGACAUCACCAUGGAUGUUUCAAAGGUGAAGCUACGGACUAAAAAGAGUGAAGCUGACUUUUCUGAAAGCGCUGGUGACAAAGUGGAGAAGGAACAAACGAAAGCGGAUUCAGCUGUGAAGAAAACUGAGAAAAUUGUGAAAGUGGAGAAAAAAGAUAAUUUGGCAAAGGAGAAGAAGCCAACGAGCAGUGUUUCUGCAGGCCAGGUGACAACCAGAAGUCGGAAGUCGGCUUCAGAAAACAAAGAGGUGGAUAUUAAAACUGAGAAAAAUACUGAGAAAACAUGUAAAACAAAGAAGAUCAAAAGAAAGGCAGACACUGAAGUAACUUCCUCAAAGGAAGAGCCUGCAAACGAUACCUCAGCAGUAACAAAAAAGAAAAAGAAAGUGGAAGCUAAACCCAGAGACUGCCAGGAAGCUCAAAAAAGUGAUACUGUGCCAGAGGAGGAGCCUAAAAAGCAAAGUUCUUGCCUCAAGAAAAACAGAAAAAAGAAAGCUCUGAAAAAUAAGCACAGUAAGAAAAGCAGUAAAGUCAGUCAGGAGAAGAUUGAGGAAGAGGAGAUGCCAGAUGAGUGUCCUGUCACAGAGGAAGAUGAAUGCAUGAAGCCUGACACUGAGGGCAGCGACCAGAAGGAGCAAGAGCCCACUGACACAGUGGCGCUAAAUGAUGGUGGGCAUGCUCUCAAGAGGGAGGGCACCAAUCUCAAAGGAAGCUGCAUACAGGACCCAGAGCAGCACUGUCUGCCAGCUCAGGAUGCAAACACGGAAGCUGAGGUAGAGGACCAAGAAAUAACUGCUGCAGCAGGAGAGAGCGAAGACACUGUUAGUGAAAAAGACGAGGAGAGAAAGGUGGACAGAGGGGAAGAUGUUUAUUCUGAGGAAUCUUCCCAUGCAGUGUCUUCUGAAAAAAACUUGGAUGUGCCCAUGGAUGUGGUAACAGAUAUGGCACCUGAGAAGAAGUCUGAGGAAACCUGUGUGGCAGAAACUGUGAGUAACUCAGAUCUGAUGGACCUAACCAAGACGUGCCUGCCAGUGACAGAGCCAAGAGAAGAUGCUGUGCUGGCACCUGUGCCUUCAGAAGGGUGUACACAAAGCUCUAAAGGAGCUCUGGCCUUACCAUCUCCAGGUAACACAGCAGUGAACGAGUCUCAGGAAAUGGAUGAGGAUGAGGGCAUCCACAGCCAUGAGGGCAGCGACAUAAGUGACAACAUAUCAGAAGGAAGUGACGACUCGGGGUUAAAUGGCGCCCGCUCCGUACAAGAGGAAACAAGUCCAAAGACAUCCCAAGUUGCUGCAGACACUCCAGUGGCCAAGGAGAACUAUGUGUGCAUCUUCUGUGACCGCUCCUUUAAAAAGGAAGGGGAGUACAGCAAGCACCUGAAUCGCCAUUUAGUCAACGUGUAUUACCUUGAGAAAGCAACAAAGGGGCAGGAGUAGAAAUAGCUGUGGUUUGGAGAAAUCUUCUUUUGUAAGAUCUUAUACAGCUAAUGUACAGGUAUUGUAGAUUUUUUUUUUUAGCAUAGCUUGCUUUAGUGUCUGCAUUGGUUUGUUUUUUGGUUUAGUUUUGAGGCAUUUUCUUAAAGUUGAAAAUAUUUUUGACAAUUUUUUGUGUAAUGGUAAACUCAUUAACUGUUGGAUCUCUUCAUUAGAGAAGACAGGUAGGAUGUAUGAGGCUGUGUCCUGCAAAGUCAGUGUAAGCUUCUAGUCUAACAGCUCAUGCAAUUUCAAAAUUGAGUUUUAGGAGCAAGACUGUAGCUAACAAUACACAAGUUGGAUGUUCAUAGAGCCAUUAGCAUUAGUUGCUUUUUUGUUCUAGCAGCCAAUUCCCUCUCUCUCUCCCCUCAUCCCUUUUUUUUCCCCAUGUGUGUCUUGAUGUUUAAGCUGUUAAACUACUUGAUGUUUUUUCUACCAGGAAGAUAGCUUCUAUUAUGUGAAGAGCACUUUGUAAAAGAAAUCAAAGUUGUCUAGUGAUGAACAUAACUGUUUAAGAUAAUUAUAAUUGUGAACAUACAUUUCAGAUCCCCUAAGGUUAAUGGCGAGCCAAACUUUGGGAGUAGUCUUUCCAACUUUUGAUUGGAGAACCUCUGUCUUGAUUAAUAUCUUAAUGACUAUGACAGGUAAUUGGGUUUGUUGUGGGGGAGCAAGUUUGUUAUUUUUAAUUUGUGAUUUUUUUUUUUAAUUGUGCUUUAAGGGCUUAAAAUAUUGCACAUUGUUGUUGAUUUUUACCUAUGCAGUGUAAUCCUUUAGGAAUAGUGCUUGUGCAGUACAUGUACACUUUAUAUAUGCAUGUUUGGUUUUGUCUGUGUAAGUUGUUUUUAUUUGGAAACAUUUGGAUCCGUUGCUUACCAUGGGGCAGUUUUCUGUAAUGCUCUUUACUGCAGAUUUUUCUUUGUUUUUUUUUUUUCCUGGGGUAUUAUUAGUUGUGCAUGGAAUUGCUGAAAUUUUCAAAUAUUUGGCUAUAUAUUUUUGACUGGCUUUAAAAUGUUACAGUUCAUGAGCAAAAGGAUACCAAUGCAGUUUCAAAACACUAUUUUGUAGGAUUUGUUUUGUCACGGAAAUGCCAAUUCUGACACUUUGAAGACACGUACAGAGAAAUAAAUUCUAAUUUGUAAUUUGAGAUCACCAGAAAGAACAACACAUAUUCUCAGUGAAAAUGGUCUGCAGACUCUGCAAGUCCAGAGGAUUUUUUUUCCUCUCCUCUUUUAAUUUUUGGUGGACUGCAGUCAAACUUUGUGAGCUUAAAAAAACUACAAUAGUGGCAGUCCUGUAAGUACGGUUCAUCAAAAUCUAACACCUCACUCACCAAAAAAAACAGGCAAAUAAAGAUAAAUCAAAUGGUAAGCAAUAAUCAUGGCAUUAAAAACUGUAGGAAUUCCUGCUCCUUAUUUAUUCAAGUUGAAUUUAAUAAAAUCUUUCUGCUUCCAUGCAGAGAGAAGCACACUAGUGAUGAGAUUGUCAUCUCAGGUCUACAUGUCAUACCAGAAGUUUUUAAUUCUGAACAGAUGUAAUUUCUGGCACACACACAAGAGCAAUUGCAUGCUUAGCGCUUGUUGCUGACCAGUGGCAAAAUGUAAAUGAAAGCCAAAAUAGCAGAGAAAAGGCAAAACCCUCCAGUCCCAUUUGUGCACUCUUCAGGCUGUCAUUAGCUGCCUUUUCGGUGGGACAGUUCGGGCAGCUUCUUUGUCAAGUCCAGAGAAGCAAAUUUGGAGGCAGGUGCUUGUUUGGAGAGUGGAGGUGAGGAGCUCAGACAGUUUUUGUCAGAGCACUUUAUGGCAAAUACUCUCAAUGCAAGCUCUGGAAUAAAACCUGCUGUCUCUGCGUGUCCCCACAGCAUCUUCCCCUCCAAACCAAGCCACUGGCUUGAAUGAAUAAAGAGCAACGAUGCUACAUUGCUUCUGUUUGUGGGAGAGAUUGGUAAUAGGAGGCCAAAGAUUUGAGAGGGAAGGCAUCCCUCAUGGCAGAAAUAAAUUGUAUAAUGUAUAAUAGGUUUUUGUUUAAUUAGCGUUCAGUCCUUAUCUUGGCUGUGACAAUCAUUGUCCACUGAAGAUCAAGUUGCAACUAUAUUUAUGUUAAAUGUUAAGAAAAUAAACCUAGUUGAAUUGUUUUCUUAAACAACCAGUUGUAAUAGUCUUAGAUGUAUUUUUUUCUUUACAAUAGUGUUUCCUUUAUAUAUAAUAUUGCCACCAUUUGUGAGCGAUGUGAGCAGAUGCUGGGAAUUCCAGUACUGUGUAGAGGUUUUAUAGCUCCCUUCAUAUCCUUGCAAAGAGUCUUUGCCAUCUUGUGAGAGACUUCAAGGACUUCACCUAUGUUCAAAUAAACUUCUGGACUGGCUUGAUAAUUUUUCUGGUUUAUUUUUAAAUGAAAAGAAUUAUGUUGUUGACUGACUUUUAAUCUCUCAGAGAUAAAAACAAAGAGGUUCUCUGAGAUACUCUGCUGCAGAUUUCUGUGAAGUGGUCAAGGUUUCAGUGCUUGAUCUGACAAGAACUCUUUGAAGACGACAGUCAGCUCCUGUUCGGCAGUAUUUCAUUCCACAAGAUUACAAACUGAAAAUAAAUUAAUAACAAAUUAAGAAGGAAAGUUGAUUAUUUUUAUCUGAGACCUGACAACAGUGUCCUGAGAGAUUUAUAGUUGUUGCAGAACUGUGUUGGAAUUCUCUGCUUGGUUAAGACUAAGGUUUGGGAGUAUGUUAUGGUAAAACAGCAAGGAUGUAAUGCAUUAUCAUGUACCUAAAAUGUUAGACAUCGCUAAUACUGAGUAUUGGGAGGGGGGUGCAGGUCAGGUAACCCAUCUUAUGCAGUAGCUGUACAUUGUUGUAGCUCCCUUUAAACAAUGCUACCUUUCCUUUUGUUUUGUUUUUUCCUUUUUCAAUAUUCUUAAAUUAUUUUGUGUUGGUUUUGCCAGUGCUAGCAUUUUUGUGUUCCUUGGCAAUAAUACCUUUACAAGUGUUCAACCUCCAAUAUGUGUUUGGAAGGAUGAGCGCACUGAUACCCCUCCACUGCCAGCCCCCAGUUGAGCAACGUGGUGGUUUGGGCUUUUGCUGUAUGAGUCUAUACACUCAAAGUAACUGCCCUGAGAAAUAGUCUAGAGAAGUGGGUAGCUAGGCAUUAAUAAUCCAUCGUAUUGUAAUUGCUAUUUCUGGAUUUUGAUGAUCUAGGCUGGAACUUUAGUCAUUUAAAGAAGAAUAUUUAACAACUGACAGGAUGGUUAAGAUACAGGAAUGUAAUUGAUUUCAACAGAUUUAAUCGAUCUUGGCAGAUUUAAUGUAGUUGAAAGGUAUUAAAUCCAUUUCAAGGGUUUUCUUGAAUGUCGGUUGUGUAGAUAUGUGGCAUGCAUACAAUAUUAACAGAAUCCAAAUAGCUAAUGGAAUUGUUUUAUGUGUACAUAUAUCCCCCUCCCUCUAAAAUUACACUAGCUAACAAACUUUUGUAAGCUGGCAUGGAAACGUUUAUGAUGUUUAGUUGCACCAUGUUUGAUGCUUUUACAGUGCAAUACUUGUAUUCUCUGAAUUAAACCAAAGGUAAUUUUUUUUCAUGCUCUCUCUACUGUAGUGCAUGACAGUCUUUUCUACAUUUGUAAUAAGAUGUAAAACAAGCCAGAUCAUACAUCCUGUUUUUUUCCUGAAACAUGUAUAAGAAGUCUUUUGUCCAAAAUGUAGUAUAAAGUUAAACUAAAUUGCCUUAUAUUAACCCUUACAAGUGUAUUUUCCUAAGCAUAGUUAUGAUUAAAUAAACUUUAUUAAGGAA